AUUUGUAAUUGAAAAAUAUUAUCCUUUCAAGAUGCAGUAUCCCCAAUUAUAGAACAACUAAUUAUAUUUCAUGAUCACACUAUAAUAAUUUUAAUUAUAAUUACUACAGUAGUUAGAUAUAUAAUAGUUAUACUUUUUAUAAACAAAUAUAUUAAUCGAUUUUUACUUGAAGGACAAUUAAUUGAACUAAUUUGAACUAUUUUACCAGCUGUAUUAUUAAUUUUUAUUGCUUUACCUUCAUUGCGAAUUUUAUAUAUAAUUGAAGAAAUUAAUAACCCAUUAAUUACAAUUAAAGCAAUUGGGCACCAAUGAUAUUGAUCUUAUGAAUAUUCAGAUUUUAAGAAAAUUGAAUUUGACUCAUAUAUAAAGCCAACUAUUAAUUUAGAAUCAAGUGAAUUUCGAUUAUUAGAUACAGAUAAUCGAAUUGUAUUGCCUUAUAAUAUCCAAAUUCGUAUUUUAGUUACAUCAACAGAUGUUAUUCAUUCAUGAACAAUUCCAUCUAUUGGUGUUAAAAUUGAUGCAUCGCCUGGUCGGAUUAAUCAAGGAUCAAUUUUAAUAAAUCGACCUGGGUUAUUUUUUGGUCAAUGUUCAGAAAUUUGUGGAUCUAAUCAUAGUUUCAUACCUAUUGUAAUUGAAAGAGUUAACCUUAAAAGAUUUAUUAAUUGAUUAAAUUCUUAUU